AUGACCUUGGCUUUUUGUCUAAUAAACAACAACAACAUUUGUGUCACUGAAUUAAAGUUCUGUGUUCGUUUUGAUUUCGAAGGCAAAGUUGGUCGAAACCAAGCCGUUUCAAUGUAUUUGCAUCUUAUUGACAACUAUACUUUCAUUGUUUAUGACAACGAACACAAAGAAGUUACAAAACUAACAAACGUUAACAACAAUUUCUUAGUUUUGAAUAAUUCACAAGGUUUCAUCACAUUCAUUCCAUCUAACUCCAGCAAACAAACCGAAAAGUCUAUCACAUUCAAACAGUUCAGAGUUAGUUCUCAACAAAAAGAAGUUCUUUCAAAACAGAAAUACCUCAACAUCGAAAGGAAAGCACUUUAUAGCAAUUUCCAAUAUAAAGGUCUACUCAUUGGUUUGCUGGUUUUCUAUGUUGUUAUCGUUAUUAUUUCUUCAAUUAUCUUUCACUAUGCCAUCGUUAAGUAUCCAACAUGUGUCAUCAGAUGUGGAUGUGUAUACUACUGCUUCUUCAACCGUUACCCAGGUCUUUUCAAGAAAUCAUAUAAAUUCUUCUAUAAAAAAGCGAAGGCUGAAGAUAUCACAUGCCGUAUACCACUGGCUGAAUAUGUCUGCAGUUUAUGCUUUUGCGAAUGCUGCUGUUGCUGCGAUAUGCCCAGAUUCGUUUGUAAAAAACACUGCUGUGAUGACCCUUGCUCAUGUGGCGGUGCUGGUGAUGCUGACGAGGGUGCCUUUAUUCUUGUCUUAGUUGGCGUUGUUUGGCUUAUCUUCUACAUUCUCCAUUUAGUUUUCUUCCCGAUUACUUUCCUCUGUGUAUCUUCAGGUGCUUUAUGUGAAGGCUCUCACAAGGAAAAGAAGUUCGAAGAGAAGAUGCGACAGAGAAUCAACAAGCAAAAGAAUGGCGAAGCUGUUUCAGAUUCAAGUUCUUCAAGCGAUGAUGCCCAAGCUGCCCAAAAUCAAGCACAGACGCAGGCACCACCCCCACAGCAAUACCCACCUCAACAAUACCCACCACAACAAUAUCCACCUCCAGGAUAUCCACAACAAUAUCCUCCUCAACCUCAACAAGGCGCACCACAGCAGCCACCACCAUACGGUUAUUAUUACAAUCAGCCACCUCCAACUGCAAACGGACAACAACCGCCUCCACAAUACAAUUAUUACCCACCUCCUCAAAACGGACAACAACCUCCUCCACCUCCACAAAAUGGUCAACAACCAUACUACUAUCCACCUAAUUCUUACCAACAACCACCUCCUCAACAAUAUCAACCUCCUAAUCAGCCUCCUCAAUUUCAGGCUCCUCCACCACCACCUGCCCCAGCAGCUCCAGCUCCACCUGGACAGACUCCAUAUAAUGAGGAAAAGAAAUAA